ACGAUCUCAAACUUUAAUUAGGCGGCAGUAAAGCAAUCUUAUAAACAGCCCCCUCGGCUUUUGGCUAAUCAUAAUAAACAACUCUCCCAAAAUAGAACUUUACUCAAAAGAAGGCUUUGUUUCCAACGCCCAAAAUAGAUACGCGCGGUUGUUUGCAUAAUACGAAUUCUAAUUUAUUGCACAUUCUCACACACAACACCAUGAAUAGAAUUGCAAAUCAAGUUAAAUAUAGCCUUUGGGAUCUGAAUUACGUAACAAACAACAGAACUGAUUGUGAGAGUAGGAAUUCCUCGUGAAAUUCCAUUCUGUUUGCGCAGUUUUCUUUAAUUUUGUCUCCAUUUCUCAUGAUUUCGCUUCUGUGCAUGCUCUGGAGGGAGUUUGAUGUUUGUUACGACAAGAAACACGCGACCUGUGUGGCGUGUGAGAGUAUAAAUUUAUUUAUUUCUUUGCACACACCUCCCCCUGCAGCUCAUUAGAAAACCCCUUCCUUUCUUUCUGCGGCUGUAGUGCAGCGAGGGUUGCGGCCUCCAAAGCACGCUUUUUAUUCAGAGAUGUGUUGAGGUGAGGAAAGGAGAAUGUGCGCCGACAAGUCGCUCGGCGGCUCCUCCGUCAAGUAUGGAAGGUGCUGUUGCGUCUUCUCGUGCCUCUCGGUUGCCGGCGGCGUGGGCCUCCUCUUCCUCGGACUCUUUCUCGCCCUCCUUGGACUCCUCCAGGCCACAGGUCACAACGCAAUCCGGCUGUCAGGAUUUGUUCUGCUGGGCUCAGGUUUCGGUCUGUUGUUCCUGGCCGCAGUCACAGCCCUGUGUCCCGGCGGCCGCGAGUGUUGCCUGCACGUGCAGGAAUGCUGCGUCCAGCAUGGCUCCCGUUCCCAAGUUGGCGCCAGCGUUGACGGACUCUCGAUCUCCUCCACCGACUACGAACCGCCCCCGCAACUGAGGGUCAUUCCCCCAACGCCGAUGGUUGACGGAGUGUCCCUCGACAGAAGACCCGAAACUGCCCCCAACUUCAUUCCCACAGUGUCGAGGUGAUCUAAAAGUGACAAGACUAAAAAAAAUGAAUUUAUAAAAUAAUUAUUCCUGUUGUGAACUGUGAAUGUCAAAUUAAUAUUAAAAUGUCUGAUUUUUUUUAGAAAACA